AUGAGCGUGGAGUUCGUGACUGUGGCGAUGUGUCUGGUCGAUCCGAAGGCAUCUCUAAAGGGGAUGAGCGAGACGGUGGUGGGACUGGUGUUCAGCUCCUAUGCCAUGACCACUGCCUUGUCGUCGGUCGUCAUGGGACGCAUCGUGAGUCUCUCUCGUCUUGUGGUCCUCGAGGCUUAUCGUGAACUUGGGGUGAUGCGUGGCUCGGUUCCGGCAGAUUCCGCACGUCGGGGCGAAGUUUGCGCUGCUCGGCGGGACCUUCCUCACUGGAUCCUGCUGCAUGCUUUUCGGGAGUUCCUCGUGCAGUCGGUGGUGAUGGGUGACAGGGGGUUCAUGUGCAUUACGUGCAACAGGACUCUGGAUGAAAUUUCGUCUGGGACCGUGUUCGCCGUGUUUUGUUUCGCGGUUCGCAUCGUGGAGGCCCUGGGGGCAGCUGCAUACAAUACUGCGAUAUUCACGUUAAUCACCGUCUUUUUCCCCGACGAUGUGGGGCUCGUCUUGGGAACGAUGGAGACUUUCAUCGGUUUGGGGUUGUCUAUUGGACCUGCUAUUGGCGCGGGCUUGUACGCAGUGGCGGGGUACAAACUGCCUUUCUUCGUCCUGGGUGGCCUCGUCUUGCUUUUGGCUGCUCUCAAUGCCUACCUCGUCCCAUCAGACACAGCAUCGGUGGGUCUGAUGUUCCUGAUCGAGACCGCGGUUUACACCGCGUGCAGCCCCUUCUCAGGCUGGCUCUCCGAUCGUUAUCGAAAGGGGAAACGCCAGGUCAUUUCGGGUUUCCUUCUCCUCUCCGUCGCUUUUUUCCUCCUCGGCCCUUCUCCUCUCCUUCCAGGAGUUCCUAAUGUGAUAUGGUUGAACGCGGUUGCCUUGGUGAUCCAUGGGCUCGGAAUGGCCUUCGCUCUCAUCCCCACCUAUCAGCUCAUGCUGGACGGCGCCAAAUCAGCAGGGUACAAAGAUGACAUCGUAACGAACUCAAUGGCAAUUGGUGUGUUCACAUUUCACAUGGUGUGGAAAGAUCCUGUGGCGACAGAGAAGCAACUGAUGGAGGAAUCUUCCGUCGCCCCUUCUUAUGGGUCCACACUGGAGCUGAAUCCAGAGGAACUGGAUUCUAUGACAUAAUUUCAUAAUAUGUGCUUGUUCCCGGAGCCCUGGGUAAUGCAGUGACGAUGAUGGUGAUAGAAUACCAGUAUUUUCGGCGAGAAAUAUUUCUAUGAUUGACCAUAGUUACGACAAAGCAAACUUUUCAGUCUGAUGAUUGACAUUCAUUCGUCUCGAUGCAUUGAGGGCCCAACGAAGAGGUAAUUGAUAAACUGAAGCGCAUGAGAUAUUCGCUGCAAAAUACUGGCAUGAUUCUUUCUUGGAAAUCCGUGCA